UCAGGAUCGACCCCAGCAGCAUCUCCUUCAACAUGUGGAAAGUCGUUCCUGUUCCUUUCUACUUGUCUGUGCACUUCUUCGAAGUGCUGAACCCCAAGGAAGUCCUCCAGGGAGCGAAGCCGGUGCUGACCCAGCGUGGACCCUACGUGUACAGAGAGUACAGGUACAAAACAAACAUCACGUUCCAUGACAAUGACACUGUUUCCUUCCUGGAGUACCGUAACCUUUUCUUCCAGCCAGACAUGUCCAAUGGCACUGAAGAAGACUAUGUCGUCGUGCCAAAUAUUUUGAUGAUGGGAGCAGCUGUAAUGAUGGAAAAACUGCCAAAUUUUGUGAAGCUUUUACUGAGUGGAGCCCUGGCUGGCAUGAAACAGGAGGCGUUCAUGAACCGGACGGUGGGGGAGAUCAUGUGGGGCUACGAAGACCCUCUUAUAGACACAAUAAAUACACUUGUUCCUGGUCUGAUUCCUUUCGAGGGGAAGUUUGGCUUGUUUAUAGAGUUUAACAACUCCAAUUCAGGAUUGUUCACAGUGAACACGGGCAUGAAGAACAUCAGUCAAGUUCACAUGGUGGAUUCAUGGAAUGGGCUAAAGAAGGUGAACUACUGGCGGAGCAGCGAGUGCAACAUGAUCAAUGGGACGUCGGGGGAGAUGUGGCCACCGUUCAUGCCCCCGACCUCGCUGGAGUUCUACAGCCCUGAUGCCUGCAGAUCCCUGACACUGGUGUACGAGCAGUCUGGAAAGUUCAAGGGUGUUCCCACCUAUCGCUUUGUGGCGCCGAAAACCCUCUUUGCCAAUGGCACAGACUAUCCACCCAACGAGGGCUUCUGCCCCUGCAUGCAGUCUGGCAUCCAGAACGUCAGCACCUGUAGGCUCAAUGCACCAAUGUUCAUUUCCCACCCUCACUUCUACAACGCCGAUCCUUCCCUGGUGAACGCCGUCGUGGGCCUGAACCCCAGCAAGGACCAGCAUGCACUUUUCCUGGAUGUGCACCCCAUGACGGGCAUCCCCAUGAAUUGCUCUAUCAAGCUCCAGCUGAACCUGUACAUAAAGCAGGUGUCUGGUAUAAUUCAAACAGGGAAGAUUGAGCCAGUGGUCCUACCGCUGCUGUGGUUUGCAGAGAGCGGAUCCAUCGACGGCUCAGUCCUAAACCAGUUUUACACCAACCUGGUGCUGUUCCCAUCACUGCUGGAAUACCUGCAGUAUAUCGUCCUUGGACUGAGUGUCCCACUCAUUAUCUCAGCAGCUGUGCUCAUGGUAACGAAUAAGGGAACCGCCGCCGAGAAGAGCCCACGUCCCCCCGCCAGGCAGAGCAAACCACCCCCCUCCUCCGAGACCACGCCGCUCCUACACGACGCUGACGCGCUGAGCCAGGAUGACGCCGAAUCCUGAGCCACCAGCCCCGCCACGCUUCCCACUGGGACACACCUGUGCUGGAGGCGAGGCCUGCUUUGGAUCUCCAGAGGUCUCUGGAAGCCGAAGUUGUCCUGGACAGCUCAGUGGAGACCCUGCACAACCACAGCAAAGCCACGGGACAGUAUUGCUGCACAGCACUCCCGUGCCAGGAAUGGGAGACCUCAUCCAGACUCUCAACACAACGUCCAAGAACCCUUGACCCCAAGGGCCAGCCUUUGCCACAGCCCCUCUCUCUGGUGGGCCAGCAGGAAUGAAGGUGGUUGCUGACUGAUCUGAGAAGUUAUUUGCAAUUUAGAACUGCCUAUUGCUAGGGAUAAAAGGCACUUUAAUGGGAGCCUUUAAAACAAAUGAGGUUUGUGUAGGUAGCAGGGAUGGGAUUUAGUGAUCUUUUUAAAAGCUACCGUUACUCUCACUGAAUGGGGCAGUUGUGCUGGAGCCAGUUAUGGUUUUAUUGCCACUUGAUGUAACUGGACUACACUACAAAUCAAUUCUGGGUGCUGUCACCUCACUGAUGUCUCUUCUGAGGGUACCUGGAGCCUGCCCAGGGUUGCUCCAGGCUUUGCAUGUUUUGGAGAGUACAGUGGUGACUUUUAAAGCCCCAGUUCUGUGCCAUGACCUUGCACUCCAGUCAUUCCAGCUCACAGCCCUGUUACUUUGCCUCUCCUUGUUGUCAGUGACUGCGUGAGAUGAGCCUUGGCAAAACCUCUGUGGUACAUCUGAGCUGUCACUCAGCUCUUGGCAGUUGUCCCUGCUGCCUGCUCAGCCAUCCAGGGUCAGCUUUUCUGGCUGUGGCUGUCAGCGUUGGGAAGCUGUUGGUUGCUCCAGCCACUCUGCCUGACCAUGGGAAGGGGGAAGCUUAACCCUGUCCUUGAGUGUUAAUGAAUAUAUCUGUGCUUUUGAGAGCAAGGAAUAUGUGCAAUCAUGAAAGUAACAAUGGCCUUAGUACAGUUUGAUUAAACUAUUGCAGAUUUCUGAAACGGUGUCUUGGGGGACCUGGGCCUGGAUAUUACCUUGGGGUGGGUGGGCUGGGAUCACACUUCAGUGGAAAAGAAGCCCAAAGCACAGGGAUAUUUUUGUCUAACUACCAAUCAGUAGUUGUCUACCACACUUGCCUUCUUCACUUCCAAUCAGGAGCCAGGGUAGCCCUUAGGAAAACUAAAGGGGCCAAUGUUGAAGCAUCUGGCAAGGACAAAACAGAGCUGGGUCUUCCUUGGACCAGAGGAAUUGUUGCACUGUGUGUGGCAUGAAUACUGUUGGGGUCUGGAAAGUGUUGUCCAGGACAACCCUGUGACCUUCUUGUGGGGUAAGCAAUACUUUUCUCUUUAGACCUCUGUCCAUCUUACUGGGCAGGAAGAGCACAGGAGCUAAAACCAACAUCACAAUUCCUGUGCCAGUGCAUUCCUUACUGGCCAUGUUCCCAGUCCUGCAGUGGGUUUGGGCUGCCUUACUGUGGAAACAGCUGUGAUACAGCCUGGGUCAUGACAGGGAAGGGUGGCAGCUCCCCAGAACUUGGUCCAUGGGCUGAACUCACCUUGAUGCCUGAAGUGUGUCUCACAGGUACAACAGGACUAGCCAAGUCCCUUCUUGUGGCCACUACUGCUGGGUUAUCUCUGUGGCACGAGUCCUCACUGAGGGUGAUGCUUAAAGUACAGCUGUAAACUCUCUCUGGCCUUAAAUCCAAACGUACUCAGCUGCAAACAGCAGCUCACACCUACAGCCUUGGCCAGCGGCGACGGACACAGGAGUGGGGCAGAGGCUCUCUGGGACACCAGCCCAUCAGCUCAGACCUAUGAGACCCAAAGCUGAGGGCAGAGCAGCGAUAACCACCCCGUGAGCUCCCUGCGAGAGGCUUUAAUGACAUACCGGUGCUAAUUGCUGUUGGACAAGUGAACGCAAAUAAAAACACGGGAAUACCGCUCCUA